AUUCGCUCUUUGACCGUCGAAGGAGAUGCUCCUUCAACGUCGGCGGUCCCGCAAUUAAUUAAACACGUUAACUAAAUUUCUUUAAUUGAAGCUGGUAUCGUGCCAUCUGACAAUUAGAUCACUAUCGUUUUGCGACAAGUUUACAUUUCUUUUGAGUGCUCGUAUGUGAACAUAAGGAUGGUUAAUAGAAUAACAGUGUAGUUGUGUUUGUGAUAAUGAGUCCUGUUGUUACUAUUCAUCAAAUUAUGGGUAACAACACAGAUGCGCAAGUGCGAAGGAAGUUGGAGCCCCAAACAAGCUGCUGGCGUCGCAUCCGAAACAGAAUCUGCGGGGCUCUUGGUCUGCCAAUCAAGCGUGGGCCAACUAAGCCAACGGAUUGGUUCUUGGAUAAAUUUUCCGGUGAAGAGAUCUUCGAUAUUGACGAGUCGGAGGAGCAGAGCGGCGGUAGCUGGCUGUGCUGCUGCAAGCGUUCAGUGGAUCCUACUCAUUCGGUCCACUAUCAUUGGCUUGCCGUGGUGUCCCUUGCCGUUCUCUAUAAUAUGGUUUUCGUGAUUGGUCGAGCCGUGUUCUGGGAGCUUGAUAAGACUUCCACUUCCUGGUUCGCGCUUGAUUACCUCUGUGACGCUAUUUAUUUGAUUGACACCGCUAUUCACAUGCACGAAGGUUAUUUGGAACAAGGGAUUAUGGUAAAGGACGCCAGGAUGCUACGGCAGAAUUACAUGAAGUCCGAUUGGUGGCCAUAUGAUUUAAUUUCAUUAAUUCCUACUGAUAUCGCAUAUUAUUGGUGGCCGCCGGGAAAUUGUGACUUUGACAGUUUGCCGUGCCCCGUUAUUGUCCGACUCAAUCGUUUGUUUCGACUGCCCCGCAUGUGGGAGUGGUUCGAUCGUACCGAGACCGCUACAAGCUAUCCGAAUGCCUUCAGAAUUUGCAAAGUCGUCAUGGCUAUAUUGGUACUUAUUCAUUGGAAUGCAUGUCUCUUUUUUGCUAUCAGCUAUGCUAUUGGGUUCGGAACAGAUAAUUGGGUAUACAAUAUAACGGGAUCGCGCAAUGAAACUUUGGCUCAUCAAUAUAUUUAUAGUUUUUAUUGGUCAACUUUGACCCUCACUACUAUUGGUGAAACUCCCCAACCCGAAAUUGAUGUCGAAUACAUAUUUGUCGUCUUAGACUUCUUGGCGGGAGUGUUGAUUUUCGCAACAAUCGUUGGUAAUAUUGGGUCAAUGAUUUCAAAUAUGAACGUUGCUAGAGUAGAAUUUCAAAACAAAAUGGAUGGAGUAAAACAAUAUAUGGCAUUUAGAAAGGUCAGCGGUGAAUUAGAGGCGAGAGUGAUCCGAUGGUUUGCUUACACAUGGGCCGAAAGUGGGGCAUUGGACGAGGAGCACGUUUUAGCGUCCCUGCCCGAUAAACUGAAGGCCGAAAUAGCGAUUCGUGUACAUCUGGAUACAUUACGAGAAGUUGAGAUUUUCAAAGAUUGCGAACCGGGAUUGUUGGAGGCACUUGUUCUAAAGCUGAAACUUCAAGUGUUUAGUCCAGGUGAUUACAUCUGCAGGAAGGGUGACGUUGGCAAAGAAAUGUAUAUCGUAAAGCGUGGACGAUUGCAAGUUGUAGCAGAUGAUGGAACCACAGUGCUGGCGACUCUAGGUGCGGGUUCUGUAUUUGGAGAAGUUAGUGUUCUGGAUAUUGCUGGAAAUAGAACUGGGAAUAGGCGAACAGCAAACGUGCGUGCACUGGGAUACUCCGAUCUAUUUUGUCUUGCUAAACGCGAUUUAUGGGAAGCUCUAGCAGAUUACCCAGAAGCCAGAGCAACUUUGACUAAGAGAGGUUGUCAGUUACUGCGAAAGGAUGGCUUGUUAGAUGAAACUGUGUUUGAAAGUGCAAAAAGAACACAGUUCAGCUUAGAAGAAAAUGUACGUAAAUUGGAAUCAACUGUUGAUCUUUUGAAUAAUCGCUUACAAGGACUAUUAGCUGAUGUAGGACAAGAACAAGCUAAGCUAAAACAACGAAUUAGCAAAAUAGAGUGCAGAUUCGAUUCGGAUGAAGAAUUUGAUUCGGACGACACAUCGCCCGAGUUACACAAUGAAAUGAGAGCUACCAGCUGCAUGGAAUCACCGUCCUGUUCAACACAGUAUGGAUCAACAGUUGACGCCAGUCAUCCGGUCCGAGAAAGAGGAUAUUCGCUCUGCGUGGACAGGUCACCGGGCCUCCUAGAAAUUACACCAGAACCACGAAGUAAAUCAUUGAGAUUAAAACGAAAGGAAAUUCCAAAUUGAAAAUAUUUCGACAUCAUUGUUGGAGUUUAAAAGUGUCAAGUAUUGAGAAAGUAGUAUUCAUUUGAUAAUAAUCAAUACGGACUAGCUGUUUUAAUCAACGUUUAUGGACGCAUAUAUCAAUGUCCUUUUUAAUAUAUUAAAAGCGUAAUAACGCAUAUAUUCAAAUGUAGUUUAAUAUUCUAUGUGUCAAGUAGUAGUUUUAUAUGUACAUCGGGUGAAUUUCCUAAUUCAAUUAAAGUUUCAUUGACAAAAUAUUUCGUUUGCUUUGCUAUCAUAUAAUUGAAUCAGGAAUAUUACUCGCUUUGUUGUGAAGUACGAGGCAAUGAUACAAGGUAUAAAUUUGUGAUGUUAUGGUUGGACAUAAUAUAUUUUGUUAGAAUAUAUAUUAUGAUGUUGCAGUAAUUGUAGGUCAAAGAUCUAUGGACAGUGAUUGAAGUGUCUUUUAAGGGUAUGUAUGUCAAUACCUUAUAUUAUUGUAUCGGUGUAACAAUCUUCAUUCUGUAUAUUAAUAUAGAUUGGCGUUUAAAACUCUUAUGUCAUAUUCGAUAUACUCUAUUUAAUAGAAUAUUUACCGAUAUAGAAGACUAAACUUCUAAAUACUUAUCUUAAACAACUUAUAUUUUUAUUUGUGAAUAGAUAUUAUCUGAGAUUAC